UUGGAAGGGGGAAAAAAAUCACUUUAUCUCGCAAGCACUAGUCUCUCCUCAUCCUCUGCCCGUCCCCCAAGCGCAGACAGCAGAGAGGAGCAAACAAUGGCUUUCCCAAAGGCACCCGCAGCAGCGAGGCGGCUCCUCCUGCCGAGCGGCGCAGCCCUGCAGCGCACCGCCGCCGGCUUCAGCCUCGGCUUCGACAUCGACGACUUCGCCGGCCUGUGGGAGCUCAUCAAGGCGAAAGCCGCCGAGCUCGCGCCCUUCUUCACGGGCCUCUUGGCCGCGCUCUCCGAGAAGGCCGACGAGCUCUUCCCGCCGGAGACCCGCUCGGAGACGCUCGGGCGCUGGCUGCACGUCGCGUUCACCGUGGCGGCCCCGGCCGCGCUCGGCGCCCUCGCGCUGUUCUGCUGCUGCCGCUGCUGCUGCUGCUGCAGGAGCGGGCGCGGCCGCGGCGGCGGGCGCCGGACGACGAUGGUGGCCCCUGGGCGGGGCGGCGCGCGCAUGCCGCGGGGCGCGUUCGAGGGGAAUCCGCGGGGGUACUUCCGCGACCUCCGCGCGAACAAGCCGCUCGUGUACUAAUUAACGCGCCUGUGUAUGAGCUAGCCGCAUGUACGUCGUACGCGGCACUACGUACGUAAGCGUACACCUGUGUAUGUAUACGCGACUACGCGUACGGGUAUUGUGUGUGCGCGCGCGCGAUCGUGAUGUACUAGUACGUGGCAGAUGCCUAUAUAUACCCUUCUCAUACUAUUGUGUAUGCAAGAUUGCAAGUUGAAAAUGGGCUAAAUUGUAAGGUUGCUUAUGCCGCUUUAUUAUCCUGUGCAUGAUAUUUCUACG